AUGAUCCUCCCCUCUUUUUCCGACUAUAUGAAGUUGAACACUGCUACACAGGCUGCAACAUCUGCCAUCAUGUGGAUUGGUGGGGCAGCAAUUGCACCAUUUGGGGGUCCUCUCCUCGACAUAUUUGGUCGCAAGAAGGGCAUUCUUGGAGCUGCCGCAAUAUCAUUUGUUGGGGUUGCUCUGCAAUCUUCAGCACAGAACGUCGCCAUGUUCAUGGCCGGUCGUCUCAUUCUUGGAAUGGGAGUUGGACUUGGGUCAAUCGCCUGUCCGACCUACACAUCCGAGAUUGCGCCAACCAAAUAUCGAGCCUUUAUGCUGGGGUUCUAUUACGACCUUUGGUAUUUUGGGGGUAUCAUUGCAGCAUUGGUAACUUACGGAUCAGCGCAGAUCGAAAGCACCUGGUCCUGGAGGUUGCCCUCUGUCUUUCAGGUCAUCCCCAGCAUCCUUUGUGUGGUCUUGUUGCCUUUCGUUCCUGAGAGCCCUCGAUGGCUCGUUGCUCAAGGCAAGGGCGAGCAAGCACUCAAGGUCUUGGCUAUCACCAUGUCCAACGGCAAUACUUCACACUCAGAAGUACUUGCAGCUUACAAUCAGAUUGUGACGACUAUUGCCUAUCAGAAAGAAAACCCAGCUUCUCAGAGUUGGCUCGCAGCCGUAAAAACCCCGCCGAACCGGAGAAGAACCAUGCUGGCCAUAUCUGUUGCCGUUAUCGGUAAUUUGAGUGGAAGCGCAAUAGCAUCUUACUGGCUGGGAAGCAUGCUUAGUCAAGCUGGUGUGACAGACACACAGAGCCAACUACAGAUCAAUAUAGCCCUAAACGUAUGGUGCCUUGCAUGUGCUGGCGCUGGUACAUUACUCGCAGACAAGAUUGGUCGAAAACCUCUUGCAGUUGGGAGCUUAACGUUCGCUCUCAUUUUCCUAUAUCUAGUAGGAGCAUUGACGAAAGUGUAUGGAUCUUCCACCAACACAUCCGCGGUGUACGGCACUGUUUCAUGCAUCUUUUUGUUCCAAGGUGGUUACAGCUUUGGAUGGACAACAUUACUUGUCAUGUACCCGCCGGAAGUAUUGAGCUUUUCGCUCCGUGCAAACGGCAUGGCUAUUUACACAUUUGUCUCAAACGCUGCUGGAGUCUUUGCCACAUUUAUUAUGCCCUUUGCGCUCAAUAAUAUUGGCUGGAAAACAUACAUGGUCAACGCUUCGUGGGACGUCUUGGAGGUUGCUUUUGUAGCCUUUCUCUGGGUGGAAACAAGCAAGCGAUCGCUUGAGGAAAUUGACGAAGUCUUUGAGGGGAAAAUACAUCUCGGCGCUGAGAAUAUCAUGCAAGGCUACGAUAUUGAGCAUGCAAAGACCCCAUGUGUGCAGGUCCAUACACUGCGUCCUAGCAAUGAAGUUUGCGAGGAUAAAGAGGCAGGUGAACUGGAGAAGGAUGCUAAGUUCCAGCAGUGA